GUCAGUGUCAGCUGUCCCCGGGACUUGGCGCGAACCUUUGGAGAAUGGCUGCCUGCAAGCUGAAGAGCAAAGUGGCCUCAGCCUUCAAAAUGCACGGCCUGUUACUGCGGGCGUGAGUAACCGAGUCACCUCAUAGUCAUACCAGCAUGUACAGGGCUGUUACCCGAGUCAGGCUUCCUGUUAUGGGCAGUGUACAGUAAUCACUGCCAUAGGGGGAACUGUCUGUAAUAUUAUUAUAUACUGUGUGUAAUAACUGUAAUAUUAUUAUACUGUGUAUUACAUACUGUAUAUAAUAACUGUAAUAUUAUAUACUGUGUAUAAUAACUGUAAUAUUAUUAUACUGUGUAUAAUAACUGUAAUAUUAUAUACUGUGUAUUACAUACUGUAUAUAAUAACUGUAAUAUUAUUAUACUGUGUAUAAUAACUGUAAUAUUAUUAUAUACUGUGUAUAACUGUAAUAUUAUAUACUGUAUAUAACUAAUAUUAUAUACUGUAUAUAACUAUUAUACUGUAUAUAACUAAUAUUAUAUACUGUGUAUAAUAACUAAUGUUAUAUACUGUGUAUAAUUGUAAUAUUACUGUGUAUAAUUGUAAUAUUACUGUGUAUAACUGUAAUAUAUACUGUGUAUAAUAACUGUAAUAUAUACUGUGUGUAAUAACUGUAAUAUUAUUAUACUGUGUGUAAUAACUGUAAUAUUAUACUGUGUGUAAUAACUGUAAUAUUAUUAUACUGCAUAUAAAAAACGGUGUGUAAUAUUAUACACAGUCUAUAAUAUAUAGUCUGUAAUACUAUAUACUGUAUAUAACUAAUAUAAACAGUCUAUAAUAAAUACAGUCUGUAAUACUAUAUACUGUGUAUAAUAACGUCUGUAAUAUUAUAUACUGUAUAUAACUGUAAUACUAUAUACUGUAUAUAACUGUAAUAUACACAGUCUAUAUAAUAUAUACAGUCUGUAAUACUAUAUACUGUAUAUAAUUGUCUGUAAUACUAUAUACUGUAUAUAACUGUCUUUAAUAUUAUACACAGUCUAAUAUAUAGUCUGUAAUAUAUACUGUAUAUAACUGUCUGUAAUACUAUAUACUGUAUAUAAUUGUAAUAUAUACAUACUAUAAUAUAAUAUAUACAGUCUGUAAUACUGUAUAUAAUUGUCUGUAAUAUAUACUGUGUAUAAAUGUCUGUAAUAUAUACAGUCUAUAAUACUAUAUACUGUAUAUAACUGUCUAUAAUAUUAUAUACUGUAUAUAAUAACUGUCUGUAAUAUUAUAUACUGUAUAUAAUAACUAUGUAAUAUUACAUAGUCUGUAAUACUAUAUACUGUAUAUAAUAGCUGUAAUAUUAUAUACUGUAUAUAAUUGUCAGUAAUACUAUAUACAGUCUAUAAUACUAUAUACAGUGUAUAAUAUAUAGUGUGUAAUACUAUAUAGUCUGUAAUAUAUACUGUAUAAUUGUCUGUAAUAUUAUAUACAGUCUAUAAUACUAUGUACAGUGUAUAAUAUAUGUGUAUAUAUACAUAUAUAUAUAUAUAUAUAUAUAUACACACAGUCUGUAAUACUAUAUACUGUAUAUAACUGUCUGCAAUAUAUACUGUAUAUAAUAACUGUCUGUAAUAUUAUAUACAGUCUACGAUAUAUACAGUCUAUAAUACUAUAUACUGUAUAUAACUGUCUGUAAUAUUAUAUACAGUCUAUAAUGGGAUAUAUACAGUCUGUAAUACUAUAUACUGUAUAUAACUGUCUGUAAUAUAUACAGUCUGUAAUACUAUAUACUGUAUAUAAUUGUCUGUAAUAUAUACUGUAUAUAAUUGUCUGUAAUAUUAUAUACAGUCUAUAAUAUAUACAGUCUAUAAUACUAUAUACAGUGUGUAAUAUAUAUAUAUAUACACACACACACACACACACACAGUCUGUAAUACUAUAUACAGUGUAUAAUACUAUAUGCAAUGCAUAAUAAUACUAAAUAGUCUGUAAUAAUACCCUAUACAGUGUAUUACUAUAUAUGGUCUAUAAUAAAUACUAUAUGCAGUGUAUAAUACUAUAUACAGUCUGUAAUAUUAUAUAUAUAUAGUGCAUAAUACUAUAUACAGUGUAUAAUAAUAUAUAGUCUGUAAUAAUACUAUAUAAAGUCUGUAAUAAUACUAUAUACAGUCUGUAAUAAUACUAUAUACAGUCUAUAAUAAAUACUAUAUACAGUGUAUAAUACUAUAUACACAGUCUGUAAUAUUUCAGUGUAUAACAAUACUAUAUACUGUCUGUAAUACUAUAUAGUCUAUAAUACUAUAUACUGUCUGUAAUACUAUAUAGUCUAUAAUAAUACUAUAUACAGUCUAUAAUACUAUAUACUGUCUGUAAUAAUACUAUAUACAGUGUAUAAUAAUACUAUAUAGUCUGUAAUAAUACAAUAUACAGUCUGUAAUAAUACAAUACACAGUCUAAUAAUACUAUAUACAGUCUGUAAUAAAUACUAUAUACAGUGUAUAAUAAUAAUGGAAUGAAAUAAUCAUAAAACAAAACACCAUCACCCCCAUCAUAUUAACUGUCUGUAAUAUUAUAUACAGUCUAUAAUAUAAUAUAUACAGUCUGUAAUACUAUAUACCGUAUAUAAUAACUGUCUGUAAUAUUAUAUACAGUCUAUAAUAUAUAUAUAGUCUGUAAUACUAUAUACUGUAUAUAAUUGUCUGUAAUAUUAUACACAGUCUAUAAUAUAUACAGUCUGUAAUACUAUAUACUGUACAUAACUGUAAUACUAUAUACUGUAUAUAUUUGUAAUAUUAUACAGUCUAUAAUAUAAUAUAUAGUCUGUAAUACUAUAUACUGUAUAUAACUGUCUGUAAUACUAUAUAUUGCAUAUAAAAAACUGUGUAAUAUUAUACACAGUCUAUAAUAUAUACAGUCUGUAAUACUAUAUACUGUAUAUAAAUAUUAUAUACAGUCUAUAAUAUAUACAGUCUGUAAUACUAUAUACUGUAUAUAACUGUAAUAUUAUAUACAGUCUAUAUUAUACAGUCUGUAAUACUAUAUACUGUAUAUAAUAACUGUCUGUAAUACUAUAUACUGCAUAUAAAAAACUGUGUAAUAUUAUACAGUCUAUAAUAUAUACAGUCUGUAAUACUAUAUACUGUAUAUAACUAUUAUAUAGUCUAUAAUAUAUAGUCUGUAAUACUAUAUACUGUAUAUAACUGUAAUAUUAUAUACAGUCUAUAUUAUACAGUCUGUAAUACUAUAUACUGUAUAUAAUAAUAUACACAGUCUAUAAUAUAAUAUAUACAGUCUGUAAUACUAUAUACUGUGUAUAAUAACUGUCUGUAAUAUUAUAUACUGUAUAUAACUGUAAUACUAUAUACUGUAUAUAACUGUCUGUAAUAUACAGUCUAUAAUAUAAUAUAUACAGUCUGUAAUACUAUAUACUGUAUAUAAUUGUCUGUAAUACUAUAUACUGUAUAUAAUAACUGUCUUUAAUAUUAUAUACAGUCUAUAAUAUAUAAAGUCUGUAAUAUUAUAUACUGUAUAUAACUGUCUGUAAUACUAUAUACUGUAUAUAAUUGUAAUAUAUACAGUCUAUACUAUAAUAUAUACAGUCUGUAAUACUGUAUAUAAUUGUAAUAUAUACUGUGUAUAACUGUCUGUAAUAUAUACAGUCUAUAAUACUAUAUACUUUAUAUAACAGUCUGUAAUAUUAUAUACAGUCUAUAAUGGGAUAUAUACAGUCUGUAAUACUAUAUACUGUAUAUAAUUGUAAUAUUAUAUACUGUAUAUAAUAACUCUAAUAUUAUAUACAGUCUGUAAUACUAUAUACUGUAUAUAAUUGUCUGUAAUAUUAUAUACAGUCUAUAAUACUAUAUACAGUGUAUAAUAUAUAGUGUGUAAUACUAUAUACAGUCUGUAUAUACUGUAUAUAAUUGUCUGUAAUAUUAUAUACAGUCUAUAAUACUAUGUACAGUGUAUAAUAUAUAUAUAUAUAUAUAUAUAUAUACACACACACACACACAGUCUGUAAUACUAUAUACUGUAUAUAAUAACUGUCUGUAAUAUAUAUACUGUAUAUAAUUGUCUGUAAUAUACAGUCUAUAAUAUAUAGUCUAUAAUACUAUAUACAGUGCAUAAUACUAUAUACAGUGUAUAAUACUGUAACGGAUCACCUGGCACCCCGACUGGGUACCUCCGUUGAAAGAUGCUCCUAGCGCUUCCAGAGGACUCCAAGCACUCCACCAGACACCAUAAGCACCGCAGGCUGCAGCUAUCUCCCUUCAGAACGAAGCAGGAACAAGCUCUUACAAGAGCUCAGUGAUUAUAGCAAGGGAAUAUGCCUAGCAUAGCAAUCCCUUGUAGCAGAUUCCCCCAAUAAGAGACAGGACUCAAGUUGAGGGUAAAAAUAGAACUCUCUGGCUGCUAGCUUGCAGCCCUUUUUAUUAGGUGCUCCCAUGAAGGGGAGGGACACACACAGUAACGUACAUUAACCAAUCACACAAUAGUUACAUCCCACACAUAGCUCUCCCCUCUACCUGUAAACUAAUUAUCUGUACACACAGGGAAAUACAAUUAUCAUAGGUAGGGAAAAUACAGUUUUUACACAACAUUCAUAACUCCCAAAAUAUACAUCACAUAUCCCCAGAUAGCUGGGAUCUGAGUGCACAUUAUUAGAUGAAUGGCACUCAGAUCACACAAAUAAGCCUUUCUGCAGGGGAAAUAAACGGUUUAACCUGCAGGGCCAUAGUCCAAAGGGAGCAGGCGAGCAACCAGGCUUCUCCAGUUCACAGUGGCGAGGUUGGUUUCGCCACACUUCUCCCCUUUACCAACUAGACUAACAGGGUAUCUGACCUCCUGCCGGUCAGUGCCCUGGUUAGUCCAGCAACCCACCCACAAAACAGAAACAGCAGUACAGCCCACCCACAAUAACUGGUUACUACACCUGGGUAGAGGAGAACUUUGUCCAUGUCCAGGUGCCUCACCACGACUGUGUGGGCAACUGUUAGGCUGCCUUGGUGGGUUGCUGAGUGGGCAGAGACCAGCGGUACUCUGCCCUGAUGCCAGUGCUACCACGGAAGUAGCCUGGUGGGAGCCUGGUUGUGGGAGGGAGAGACCGACUGUCUCCCCUCUGGAUACACCGCUUUGUGGCUGGGGAACAGGACCGACUGUCCCUAUCCCUUGUGCUGUAAGUGCAGAGACUACAGUCCCAUCUGCACUGUUGGGGGGUGUAACAUCUCCCCUUGCUGGGUUAGGCUGCCGCUGGAGAGAGGGUGUAACAAGCUCCUCUCUCUGAACUGUAAACUGCCGCUGGGGAGAAGGGGUAUCAGGCUCCUCUCCCUGACACUCUCUCUGCUGGUGGAGAGGGGGACCAGCUGUCUCCCCUUUCAUUAUUUUGUCCUGUGGUUGGGGUGCGAGACUGACGGUCUCUGCUCCCUGCAGGACACUCUGCCGCUGGGGAGGAAGGACGGCACCUUCAGCUCCCUGGGGUACACACUGCCGCUGGGGAGGAAGGACUGCACCUUCAGCUCCCUGGGGUACACACUGCCGCUGGGGAGGAAGGACUGCACCUUCAGCUCCCUGGGAUACACACUGCCGCUGGGGAGGAAGGACGGCACCUUCAGCUCCCUGGGGUACACACUGCUGCUGGGGAGGAAGGACUGCACCUUCAGCUCCCUGGGAUAUACACUGCCGCUGGGGAGGAAGGACGGCACCUUCAGCUCCCUGGGAUACACACUGCCGCUGGGGAGGAAGGACGGCACCUUCAGCUCCCUGGGGUACACACUGCCGCUGGGGAGGAAGGACAGCACCUUCAGCUCCCUGGGUUACACACUGCCGCUGGGGAGGAAGGACUGCACCUUCAGCUCCCUGGGAUACACACUGCCGCUGGGGAGGAAGGACUGCACCUUCAGCUCCCUGGGAUACACACUGCGCUGGGGAGGAAGGACUGCACCUUCAGCUCCCUGGGAUACACACUGCCGCUGGGGAGGAAGGACUGCACCUUCAGCUCCCUGGGAUACACACUGCCGCUGGGGAGGAAGGACGGCACCUUCAGCUCCCUGGGACACACACUGCCGCUGGGGAGGAAGGACGACACCUUCAGCUCCCUGGGACUCCUUUUUGGCCAAAUCUACUAGAGAUUGCAGGUAUUCUCCUACUAGUUUCCUGGCGAGCUGCACGGCUCUCUCUGGGGGGUUGGGUCCAAAGGUAGACAGCACCUCAUUAACCUCUCUGUCAAACUCCUCCUGAGUGUAGUCAUAUGCCAUGCUUGCUCUGCUGAAGUUAGUUCUUUUGUAGAUAGGGUCGCUGUACGGGUACUAGCGUUGCCCUCAAUUUGUAAAUCCACGAACUGUGUCUCCGAGCUGCUUUACCUCGCACUAGGACGCCAUCCCACCGCUGCCACCAAUGUAACGGAUCACCUGGCACCCCGACUGGGUACCUCCGUUGAAAGAUGCUCCUAGCGCUUCCAGAGGACUCCAAGCACUCCACCAGACACCAUAAGCACCGCAGGCUGCAGCUAUCUCCCUUCAGAACGAAGCAGGAACAAGCUCUUACAAGAGCUCAGUGAUUAUAGCAAGGGAAUAUGCCUAGCAUAGCAAUCCCUUGUAGCAGAUUCCCCCAAUAAGAGACAGGACUCAAGUUGAGGGUAAAAAUAGAACUCUCUGGCUGCUAGCUUGCAGCCCUUUUUAUUAGGUGCUCCCAUGAAGGGGAGGGACACACACAGUAACGUACAUUAACCAAUCACACAAUAGUUACAUCCCACACAUAGCCCUCCCCUCUACCUGUAAACUAAUUAUCUGUACACACAGGGAAAUACAAUUAUCAUAGGUAGGGAAAAUACAGUUUUUACACAACAUUCAUAACUCCCAAAAUAUACAUCACAUAUCCCCAGAUAGCUGGGAUCUGAGUGCACAUUAUUAGAUGAAUGGCACUCUGAUCACACAAAUAAGCCUUUCUGCAGGGGAAAUAAACGGUUUAACCUGCAGGGCCAUAGUCCAAAGGGAGCAGGCGAGCAACCAGGCUUCUCCAGUUCACAGUGGCGAGGUUGGUUUCGCCACAAAUACUAUAGUCUGUAAUAAUACUAUAUACAGUCUAUAAUAAAUACUAUAUACAGUGUAUAAUACUAUAUACACAGUCUGUAAUAUUAGUGUAUAACAAUACUAUAUACAGUGUAUAAUACUAUAUACUGUCUGUAAUACUAUAUAGUGUAUAAUACUAUAUACAGUGUAUAAUACUAUAUACUGUCUGUAAUAAUACUAUAUACAGUGUAUAAUACUAUAUACAGUGUGUAAUAAUACUAUAUACAGUCUGUAAUACUAUAUACAGUCUAUAAUAAUAAUGGAAUGAAAUAAUCAUAAAACAAAACACCAUCACCCCCACCCCCGAUGCAUUGGUGGUAGGAUUGUACCUGGCACUCACCACCCAAAAAAACACAUUUUUUUUUCAUGUUCUGUGAGCUUUAAACCCUCACUGUAUAGAUCAGUUCCCUAGAUUUACAAUUAUUUAAAUAAAUUUGGUCAACUGUUUUUUUUUUUUCCUUUUCUUUGUAAUAUUGUUAAAGGAAUUUUGUCGCCUCCCUCAACAUCACGGAGGAGGCAUGGCCCCUUCAUCGAUACUUUCCAAUCUAAUACUCCUCGAAUGGCGCAAAUUCAAACUUCAAAGCAUUGAAUCAAUGGGGGGCUUCUGUGUGAUAUGAGUUUUCCCAUUUUGCAACGGAGACUGCGAUGGCAGCUUAACUGGCUUGUGCAGAAUUUGUCAGUCAUUAGCUGAGAGCAUCAGCUGCGCACUCUCAGUCAAUGAGUCAUGACGUCCUAUUGACACCUACAGUAGCAGUAUACAGAAUCUCAUGGUCACAGAAAUUGCAAUGUUUAUGUCAAAGGUAACAUAACAAAAAAGUAUAAUGGUUCUAUAUUUUCUCCUAUUCCAUUCAUUCUUCAUAACAGGAAAAAAAAUAAUAAAAAAAAUAAUAUAUAGCUGGCGAUUUCACUAAACAUUCACCAUUUUUUUUUUUUAUGUUUUCUUUCUUCAAAAGCUUUGGAUGCACUGUUUAGACACCAAUGUAAUUCUCUUUAAAUUUAAUUUUCUAGAGAGGCCAGUAAAUAUCUCACAGAUGUACUAAGUUCUGUGACUGAGGUGGAACUUGAAGAUGUGAUUGAUCGCAUCAUAGACACUGUUGAAAAGCAGCCUUGUAAGUAUUUGUCUAAUUUGAUUGGGUUUCAACUUUGGAAACCUCACUCUGCACAAUUAAUCCUGCUAUAUACUGAAUGACACUCAGUGCUCUGCACAAUGAAUCCUUCUAAAUACUGAAUGACACUCAGUGCUCUGCACAAUGAAUCCUGCUAUAUACUGAAUGACACUCAGUGCUCUGCACAAUGAAUCCUGCUAUAUACUCAAUGACACACAGUGCUCUGCACAAUAAAUCCUGCUAUAUACUGAAUGACACACACACAGUGCUAUGAACAGUGAAUCCUGCUAUAUACUGAAUGACACUCAGUGCUCUGCACAAUGAAUCCUGCUAUAUUCUGAAUGACACACACAGUGUUAUGAACAGUGAAUCCUGCUAUAUACUGAGUGACACAGUGCUCUGCACAAUUAAUCCUUCUAUAUACUGAGUGACACAGUGCUCUGCACAAUGAAUCCUGCUAUAUACUGAGUGACACAGUGCUCUGCACAAUGAAUCCUGCUAUAUACUGAGUGACACAGUGCUCUGCACAAUGAAUCCUGCUAUAUACUGAGUGACACAGUGCUCUGCACAAUGAAUCCUGCUAUAUACUGAGUGACACAGUGCUCUGCACAAUGAAUCCUGCUAUAUACUGAGUGACACAGUGCUCUGCACAAUGAAUCCUGCUAUAUACUGAGUGACACAGUGCUCUGCACAAUGAAUCCUGCUAUAUACUGAGUGACACAGUGCUCUGCACAAUGAAUCCUGCUAUAUACUGAACACAUGCACUGCACAAUGAACACUGCUAUAUACUGAGUGACACAGUGCUCAGCACAGUGAAUCCUGGUAUAUUAUACCACUUAAAUCCUCAGUUCUCACGAGUGUAGCGCUAGAUAUAAACAUGCAAAGUGAGUUUAUAAGUGAAAAUAGUGCUUCAAAUGCGUGUCUUUGUUCUACGCAAUGUGGAGAGGAACAUACGCUUUUUCACCUUGAGAGAGGGGUCGUGUGAUCUACCCAAAAAGACACAGACAUCUGGAAGUUUAGAGCCUUAAAACUGUAAAAGGCUCUAGAAAAUGUGAGUUUAUUUCAAUUUAUAACUCGCAGAAAAGGACUUUUUUAAAUAUUCAUUUGACAUACUGCACUACUAUUUGUGUAUUUUCUUUUUAUAUGUUACAAAGAAACAAAAGUACAAUAUAGAGGGUAAGUGCAUUUGAAGCACUAUUUUCACUGAUAAACUCACUUUGCAUGUUUAUAUCUAGCGCUACACUCGUGAGAACUGAGGAUUUAAGUGGUAUAAUAUACCGGUUGAAUCUAAAGUUUCUCUGUCUGUUCUUUGCAGAAUUUUAGGGUACCUUCAGAUGAAUUCAGUACUUAGAUGAGUGCCCUUGGAUCAUCCAACGUAUUAUAUCUACAACUUAACGCCCAUCCUUUUAAAAUGUAUGUUACACAACAUCUGCUACGGUUGACUUUUCUAAAAACAAAGAUAGCUUGAUUUAUAUUUGCCCACUCAGAAUAAACUCCUUUUUUGAUGGUGUUGCCAUUCACAUGUCCAUAAUCAAUAUUUUAUCUUCUUUCAGUGUCUUCUAAUAUGAUCGAACUGUCGGCCGUGGAGACAGCAGUACAAGAAUGUAGCCGGUCCUGCGAUGAAAACAUGUAUGAUGAAAAAUAUUUUGAGUGCAAUAAACAAACCCUGUUUGUGAUAAGUGAUAUUUUUAAAUAAUUAGUAUGUUCUGAUAAUUCAUCUUAUUUGUUUACAUGUUUUAUGUAUAUACAACUUUUCAGUCUUUAAAGGUUCUGUUUCAAAACAGAACGUAUCAUUAAUUUAACAGCAGCAAAGCUGUAUACAUGUGAUAAUGCUCAAUAAGCAGGGUGUUCAGGCAUCAGAUUUUAUUAAUUAAAUGUCAUUGGUCAUUAAGGCGUUAUCUAAAGUUUGAUUGUAAGUAAACUCAUAAAUGCGUAUACUGUUGACUCAAUCUUUCAUGAUACAUUGCCUACCAGAGAUCCUCACAUGCUUCCUUCUAGUAGGCAUAGAAUCAUGGGAGAUGUAUGGACUGUUUAUAUUGGUAUAUAUCUUAAGGACAUCUUGAAACAUCAUAAUAUACUAACUUGAAGAUCUGCAAGAUUGCAAUAUUUUUCCCUGACUACAUUCAAAAACUGUGCUAAACUGUAUAGAAUAAUGUCUAUAUUUUAUACUGCGUUGUCUGUGUAGGGCCUUUAAUCUUAGGGCAGAACUCCGACAUGCUAGUGUUGGUCUGCAUUAGAUUAGUGGGAGUUGCAACUGUGGUUAUUAUUCAUUAUUACUUUUCUGGUACUGCUAUGGUGGCAGAUUAACUGGGGAGACAGUCACACUGUUUGACAAGAGGGGAGCUGGGGAGAUAAACAGCAAUGACAACUGCCACUGGGAGUGCAACUCUCUCUGAACUCAGGCAGACUAGGAUAUGAAUGUCCCAAUGCUGCCCUAUGACUGGCAACACCCAUGCUGUAUAGAGUGAUCACAAUAGAAAACAAUUAAAUGUUCCUUAUUGUAUUUGAGUGUGUUUUAUUUCAUUUUUUUUUUUCUUUUGUUCUAUACAGAGAGAAUAUUUUUAAUAUUAUUGGUGCAUAUAACAUACCUCGUUACGUCUACAAUUCAGAAAGAAAAAAAUUCCUUCCGUAAGUUGCUUUUUGCGACUUGAACUUUGUAUUUCAUAUUUGAACUGGAAAGUGAUAUGGAGUUUGUUAGUAAAAUGCAAAUUGUGGAAAAUUCACAAAGAAAUUGUAACUGUUAGGCCAGAGUAAUAGAGAUAUAAAAUUCUUCAAAUUGGAAAAGUCUUAUUUGCAAAAACAAUCUCAAAUAUCCACAAUUCACAGUUUAGUAAAUUCACUUUUAUUUAUCUUGCAUUUAUUUUACGUCUGCAAGCGAUAGAAGUGCAAAUUUAACUGGGUAUACACACAUUCUUAAAAACAAAAAAAAAUCUACCGCAACAAGAGGACAUAGUCUUAAAUUAGAGAGGUAAAGGUUUAAAAAUAAUAUCAGGAAGUUUUACUUUACUCAGAGGGUAGUGGAUGCAUGGAAUAGCCUUCCAGUUGAAGUGGUAGAGGUUAACACAGUAAAGGAGUUUAAGCAUGCAUGGGAUAGGCAUAAGACUAUCCUAACUAUAAGAUAAGGCCAGGGACUAAUGAAAAUAUUUAGAAAAUCGGGCAGACUAGAUUGGUCAAACGGUUCUUAACUGCAGUCACAUUCUAUGUUUCAAAUUCUUUAAUAUAGUUGAUUGCGGAGCUGUAGCAUGGCAGUUAUGUAAUAUAUCUUUCUAUAUGUUUGCAGUUUGAACAUGACUGAUCUUCCUGCACCCAGUCUCAUUGGCAGCUCCAGAGACAAAGCAGAGCUGUUUCGUGAGCGAUAUACAAUCCUGCAGCAGGUAAAGAUGUUAAUUUGUUGUUUCUUUGUAUGCUCAUGCCAGGUUCAAUUUAGCAUUCUUAUGGUUCCUGGUUAGUCUUAGAGUAUGUACAGAAAAUUACUCGAUACCGAUAUCAUAGAAACUUAGAAUUUGAUGGCAGGUAAGAACCAUUCGGCCCAUCUAGUCUGCCCAAUUUUCUAAAUAUUUUUAUUAGUCUCUGGCCUUAUCUUAUAGUUAGGAUAGCCUUAUGCCUAUCCCACGCAUGCUUAAUCUCCUUUACUGUGUUAACCUCUACCACUUCAGCUGGAAGACUAUUCCAUGCAUCCACUACCCUCUCGGUAAAGUAAUACUUCCUGAUAUUUUUAAACCUUUGCCCCUCUAAUUUAAGACUAUGUCCUCUUGUUGUGGUAGUUUUUCUUCUUUUAAUAUAGUCUCCUCAUUUAUCAUGACUUUAGAAAAUGGUUUCAUGAAGAUAACAAAAAUAUAAAAAAAAAUUUUUUUUAAAAAAAUCCCCAGAUCUCUUUUCUAGAGAGCUCCAUUAGUUGGCAUAUACCUUAGCUCUAUCUCCUUGUCCGAAAGAGUGAGACAAGCAAGCAUGAAACAUCUCGUCAACAGGAUGUUUUCAGAGAUUGUAUACCAGCCUUAUACAUAUAAUCUGCUGAGAGUCACUUCAUUCAUUAUGAGGAACAUCUACUCUCCUAUAGAAAGUUGUGAAAGGAACACGAUUGGCUAGGAAAUUUGCUAACUUGUCACUAAUUUCCAACUACACCCUCGGCUCUUGAUUUUAGUACUCCAGUCCAAUGAUACUUGUUUUUAUCAACUUUGGAUCAUCACUUUUUUUUUCAGAAGUUUAACCCCUUAAGGACCAAACUUCUGGAAUAAAAGGGAAUCAUGACAUGUCACACAUGUCAUGUGUCCUUAAGGGGUUAAACUGACUCUGCAUGUUGGUUCUGUAAUGUGUAUAUACUGUGGCUGUUCAUUGACCACAUUACACAGGCAUCUUUCUCUCUCUUUCAGAGAACUCACAGACAUGAACUUUUCACUCCACCUGUUAUUGGCGCACAUCCUAGUGAAAACAGAAGCAAAUUUCAGGUAUGUCUGUAACAUUAUGGUGUACUGUAUUAAUUCAGUUAUGUCAGUUGACAAAUAGAAUGGUAUAAGCCACUUGUAGCCCUGUCUGAUCCGGGCAGCCUAACAAGCAAAAAAGAAAAAUCUGAUAAUGUAUUCACUUUAGAUUUCUGCACACAGAAAGUGUUAAGUUUGGAACAAAGAAGUAUUAAUGAGUUUCAAAAAAUAGACCAUUUGCAGCCAUGAACAUUCCCUCUACCAAAAAAAAGUGUCAGAAGUUUUGACUAACGGGAUCAGUCUUGCAUUCGUUUUUUUUAUUUAUUUUUGGCUUUUUUUUCAAUUUAACAAUUUGUAUUGCGUUUCGAUUACAGAAAAAAAAGGAAGGAGGGUAAUGGGGGAAUGGUUGCAUAUCCAUACGUCUGGCUUACAUUUUAGUACAUACACGUUUUAUUAAAUUCACUUAUAUGAUAUGUUUUGUGUCCCACCGCAGGUUCUCGUGCCGUUAUAUUAACCAUGGCUUGCUGCCUGACAGCCUAUGUUGCCGUUUGACCUUGGCUGCGGUCAGCCUUUGUUCAAGCCUCUCAUUUUCCCUCUGUAUUUUUGUGUUAUGUGGUAACAUUUUUGAUAAGUAGGGAGCACUGUUGCGGUGGUGUACUUUGCUUGUGUACCAUAUUUCAACCAAUAUACAGCAAACACUGCUGGGGUGAAAAGAGCAGCGUAGAUAAGUAUAAAAACCUGUUUGUCUUGUGCAGAAUUUCCAAAUUUUUGCUGACUAUGCUGGUCAUGAUGUUUUGGGCACUGAAGUGCUUGCUAAACCAUUUGAGACAUUUUAUGAGAAUUCACUAACUCAUAGUUUCCCUGCAGAAUUUGUAAGUUAAAUAUUAAAUAUAACGCUGUUAAACUUUUAGCACAACCGAUAGUUAACUUUUAGUUAUUCGGUUGUGCUAAAGGAAAUGACAGUUCCUCUUUAAUGUUCACAAAGCAUCAAAUCAUGUUUCAAAGCAAAAUCUUCAGCAUUUCUGGCAAAGGUUUAAACAUGUUGCCUUACCCAGCACUUUCUCCGUAAUCUGAUGUUUAGACUCACAAUUCACCACUCUACACAUGCCAAAUAUAAUCUCAAUUGCUACACACUGGAAUUAAAACCAAAUCUAUCUCUUAAUAGAAGGCUUAAAAUCCCAACACCAACACCACUAACCAGGCUGUAAAACCAGUAAAGUACCAAACAAAAGUGUCAAAGCGCACACAGUGAUUAGAAUUUAUUACCUUUUUUUUUUUUAAGUAUAUGUUGUAGGUCUUUUUCACAAAAGAACACUAUAUGACAUAAAUGUAAAAAAGAGCAACCAUUGUGUAAUCUGUUAAAACAAAUAACAGUAGUAUAGUAAAAAUGGAACACUCACACUUUACAGAGCCCUUAAAUAAUGGCUCUGAACUGUAACAGCAUUUCAUCCACCAUUGGGAUAACUGGAAAUUGUAGUAAAGUCUUUACUGGAACAGUGGAAUGUCCAGAAGAACCAGGAACCGGAUGGUAGAUGGUAAAAAUACUUUUAUCCCAUGUAUAUUAAAAGAACAAGAAAAUAAUUAACACAACGCAUUUCAACCUAGUACAGGUCUUCCUUAGGUGCAAUCUACAAUAACCGUGACAAACUGGCUGUUUUAUACCUAUAAAAACAAAUUUAAUUACAUCCAGGUGUACUAGUUAAUUGUCCACACCUAAUAUUUGUGAGCCUGUUCCGUCCGAGGUGCAUGUUCUGUAAGCUGACUGCAAAGGGGACUGUGAUCUCCCUGCUCUGCUCCCUCACUUAGUGAUGCCGGGGCCGGUAUAUGAAGUCACUCCGGCCCCAGCAUCACUAAGCGGCGCUGGAGCACAGCAGGGAGAUCACUCCCUCACCGACCACCCACAGUACGCAAAGCUGCUUGCUUGUCUUCACUUCCCUCCAGCCGACCGCCCCCACUGGACCCCAGGGAAAACAGACCCACUCCAGCUCUCCCAAAGGUAGGGAGGCUGGGUGGAAUAGAAUUACAUGAACACAAAUAAUAAUGUGUGUCUUUCAGUGUAUGUGUGUGUCUGUCAGCGCGUAUGUGUGUCUGUCAGUGUAUGUGUGUGUCUGUCAGCGCUUAUGUGUCUCUGUCAGUGUAUACGUGUGUGGGUGUCUGUCUCAGGGUGUGUGUGUGUGUGUGUUUAGAUGAACUACCCCCUCCUCUCCCCGAUCAUGUGGGAAUGGUGUUUAUAUUCACUUUUUUCCAACCCGUACCUGUCUUCCUGCGGCUGGCCAUGCCUCUAUGGCUGAGAUAAUCACGCUUGAUGACCUCUGCCAAUCCAAUGCUUUCUGAAAGGAAAGUACUGAGAAGCUAUUGCGCAUGUGCUUCAAAAUGUGGCGCCAAUCAGCAUCUCCUCAUCAAAUGUGGCGCCAAUCAGCAUUGAAUUAAUGCUUCUUUAUGGGGAACGUUCAGUGCCUUCUUGCAGAGCGUGGAGGUACAGAAUCACUGAGAUGGGAAGCACUUUAGUGGCUGUCUUAGUGACUGUCACUAGAGGUGUUUCUAGGCAGCAAUGUAAACACUGCAUUUUUCCUCCUGAAAAGUCAGUGUGUACAUUAAAAAGUUUGCAGGGACAGGCUGUAGACACCAGAACCACUACAUUAAGCUGUAGUGGUCCUGGUGACUAUAGUGUCUCUUUAAGAAUUGUAUUUUUGUAGCUGAAUAUAAAGCUUUCAGUUUAAAAAAACCUAGUUCCUACCUUUUUUAGCUGGCUACUAGAUUCAAAGCAAAUUUGUCAAACCCUGGUUUAAGAAAUGACUUUAAUACUCUGCACAUCUGAAAUGUUAUAUCACUUGCCCUCAUGAGAUUAAGCUGCCUCAUCAAUUUUUAAGUUUUCAGUCAGUAAAGUAUGAAAUCUCUUCUCUAAUCAGUUAUGUCUUCAACUUUUGAGACAAUGUAGGCCUAGUGAUUUACUGUCCUUAAAAACACCCUUACAAACCACAAGACUUGACUUGUAUAAGAAUGUGUAUUUUGGGGUAAUGUGAUAUAAUGGUGGGCUUGACGCAAUAGGACCAUAUAGUGUAACUGAAUCCCCAUAUUUGUUUGCUAAAAUGAUUUGAAGUAGCUUUGUAAAAUUAAAAUUGUAUUUUUUUUUUUUUUUUUUGUAUGAUCUAUGAGGGGAAAAAGUCUUUAUCAAACCACUACAUAUAGUGUCUGGUAUCAAUUCUCACAUCAGACUAUCUAAUCCUCCACGAUAUAUGAUUUAGGAAUAAAUGGCUUAGAUCAAAAUACUUUAUUCUAAAAUUUUCAACUUUAUUUUAUUGACCCUCUGAAGAUUAGCUUGAGUCUUGUUAUCCUUAAUUAUGUGGUCAAUGUGUCUGACAGUUUCUUGUACAUCAUAGUUCACAUCUGUAUCAUUUUGCCAAUUUCAGCUCAAAUCUGUAGAAACACUCCUGGGCAGUACAGCUAAAAUGGGGGAUGUGAUAGUACUUGGUAUGAUAACUCAGCUCAAGGAGGUGAGUAACUUUUUAUCUUUCGUUUCAGUACUAAUUGAAUGCAUUAAAGCUGUAUGUGCAUGGGGUAAAAAAACAUGCAAAAGCAUAUAGUCUUUUUCUAAUCAAGUGAUUUUCUACAUUUAAUUUCAGGGCAAGUAUUUUCUGGAAGAUCCCACUGGAGCAGUGCAGCUCGACCUCAGCAAAGCUAUAUCCUUUUUGUAGUACUUUGAUAACUUGAGCAAAGUCCAGAGUUUGGAUGUUUGGACUCCAUAAUCAUGAUGCACCCCAAGGGUUGCCACAACUCUCUUGAAUAUAUGGAUUACAUUAUGCUCUUGCACAGUUCUCAAACUUCAAAAUGUGAUUUGAUUCCACUGCUGCAGAGGCUUAAUUGGUUAUGGUGCUAGGAGUCCCCUUAUGUUUGAACAACUGUAAACUGUCAAGUUAUUUUAAUGGUUAUACACUUACCUGUCUCUAUUGGGCAUCCACAAGCCUUUGGUCUUAGGUGGUAUGGUAAAACAAAAGUUCAUAUUUCUGCAUUAUCAUACCAAGAUGGGACAAUAAUUUCCCAACUUGGUAUAAUAAUGAAGACGUAUAGCUUUGCCACAGCAGCUCAGAUUGGGAAGACAACAAGCUUCCAGCAGAGCCAGGUAAGUGUCAAACCAUUUAAGAACAAUUUUCCAGUUUACCAGUGCACUGCACACCAGGGGACUCCCAGCACCAAACCACUAUCGUACACUAAACAUGUAAUUGCAUUUUUCUUUAACCACAGUGCACCAGUUCCACAGUGGCCUAUACACAGAGUCCUGCUUUGUUUUAGCAGAAGGUAACAUCUGUCUCAUACUCUAGAUGUAAGACCGAAAAAAGAAUCACCUCCAAAACACAUUUUUUUUUUUCUCCUCCCUCUUUAGGUUGGUACGAAGACAAGAUUUUUCAUAUCAAUGCAUUUGGCUUCCCUCCUACAGAGCCUGCCAGCACCACCAGGUAAGCGAGUUUUAAAAAUGUUUGCACAAAUGGGCAGCUCUAUGAGUUACGAGUGCAUAUUUCCAGCGACUGGCAAACAGGAAGUCAGUGCAAAGCAUUACAGGAUUGUUUUUUCCCAGAAAAGCUGGUGGGUGGAAUAUACUGUUUCUGGAGACUUGGAAACAAUCCCCAAAUUACAUUAGGCUAAUCAACGCUGCAUUAAGUGGAUUCCAGAAUCCCCCUUUACACAGAAGACUGUGAUUUAAAUCCAGUUUGUUUUAGAAUGUGGUUGUAUUCUUACAUAAUCCUGAUACUGUCUUCAUGGUUAUGUGUUUCUUAAAGUCUUGCUAGCUAGAAUGUAUCUUAGGUUGGAUACAACUAGAUUACUGUUCAGAAAUACUACUUUCAAACUCACACGAGUUGUUGUCCAUUAAGUGCACCUGAACUUAGUUGUUUAUUUAAAAUGUAAUUCAUUUCUGGAAUUAGAAUUUUAAUUCAGCCUUUUAUCCCACAUUAUACUCUAGUUUAGAUGCUCUUGCUAAAGUACUUGAUAUGUUUUAGCCUUGGUAAUAAUACCCUUAAAUUAAUUGAUCUGGAGGAUUUGUACGGCAGUCAUACAGCAUAUAUAUUGAGACCCCCUGCUGCUGAGGAUAAAUAUCAUCCACAUCUAUUACAUGCCUUAUCAUUGUGGAAUUGCAAAACUGUAUUAAAUCCAGUUGAUAAUGGGAAAGCUGUGUGUCUGGAAUUGUGGGAGGGGUUGUCUAGCCUAUUGUAUCUGGGUCUUCCGCUGGUCUUGGACACUCACACAUAUAUAAUAUUUUGUAUUUUACAUUUUUUCCUCUUAUUCAGAGCAUAUUACGGCAACAUAAAUUUUUUCGGUGGACCCGCUUCAAUCUCUGUAAAGUCUUCAGUAAAGUUGAAGCAGCUGGAGGAGGAGAAUGAGGAAGUCAUGUUUGUUUUUGUGUCUGAUUUAUGGCUGGAUCAAGUUGAAGUUAUAGAAAAGCUGCACGUUAUGUUUUCAGGUAUCUGCAAGAAUGCAAUAGAUAUUUUUUUCUGUAUGAGUGGGGAUAAAAAAAAUAAUGGUCAAAAUUUUUUUCCACUGUUGGGAGAAAUCCUGUUUGCUAUAGUCUUGUGUUCAAUAGACUGCCGUUUUCCUGAUCGUCCAAUGGUCUGAGCAUGUAGUCUGCAUCUCCAGUGGCUGUAAACAUGUGAAGUCCUCUUCCUGGUCUGGCUUUGCUGAAUGCUUGAAGGGUAAUGUAGCUUCAGCUCUCGGAUUCAUUCAGAAGUGUCUAGAAAGCACAUAUGUAUCAGCCAGAGGUGUAAACCACAUUCUUCCUUGCUAUUGUGAGGGGUGCAGGACUGAUUAGGUAGAUCUUUUUGUAUUCCUUCCAGCUACUGCAGAUGCAUGGUGCUCCCCUCUUCAAACUCCUUGCUAGGGCUCAAAAUUCGCAGUUGACUAGUACAAAUUCAAACAUGGAGAGUAUGCCCUGGACACUAUCAGGCUUGCUCGAUAAGUAGCUUUUAAGGCCUGUCUAACAGUUUAGGAGUAUCAUUUUUAAGCCCUGCCCCUUCUGUUAUAUGGCCCCUGGUUAAACACAACAAAGUGGUAGUGUAUUGACCAGGGCCUGACCGAUUUCUUAAGGAGAGCAAAUCUGGAGAUGCAGCUGUCUGUCUCUGGUCUCUGAGAUAGUGUAGACUGUCUCUUCAUGGAAGCAUAAUUGCGUCAUAUCCUCUGGAUAUUGCAGGAAUAUCCCAAGACAUUCCUCUGCUAGUGCAGCAUGCAGAUACAGCCCAUUCCCUUGCAGCCUAUGAGGACUGGCAGGGAAAUAAUUUCUUAGUGCAAGGUCCCAUUUGGUUUUAUGUCGGCCUGCAUCAUUUUAUAAUGUAUUCAGUGGUUGAACAUCCAAUUAGCAAAAUUAAUCUUUACAAUGUGGGAGUUUGUAUGAAGGAUAAGGUGCAGCUACAUCCCCAUGACUCCUCUGUCCAGUCUUUGGGUGACUUAUCACUUCUCUGAUUUCGGUCUGCAUUCUCCACUGUUCUCCUAGCAAUCAAAAGAAUGUUGUAAAUAUCUUUGUGCCCACUAUGUUUAAUGAAAUACAUUCACAGAAAGAGAUAAUUACAUUGACCAAUGUACAACUGUAUUGUGCUCCAGUAGACCUUGGAAAGUAGUAUGGGAAACACAGGGAGAUUCAGGUGUCUUCAGUUCAUUGAGAUUUGGAUCUUGGUUGCCUCCUAUUUUAUCAGAGUUAGUUUUUGUAAAUUGUGGGUAUAGUUAUAGAAAGGCACCAUGAGUAUUUAUAUAGUUCAGUAGCUAUUAACAUAUCAUACUUAUGGAUUUAUGAGGUAUUUCUCUUUCAAAUGUCAGUUAACUUAGUUAUUCUGUACGCGCUUUCCUCCUACAGUAAAACCAAAAGUUCUAGAUUUUUUCAAUACUUCCACAUUCUCUCUGUUUAGGGACCAUGCAACAAAGUACUUCCUCACUCAUUUCAGUUUUUAUGAAUGACUAUUUCCAGUGUUCAGUUCUCUGCUCUGCUGUUCAGUUCUCUCUAUGUUGAUAGUAAAAAAAACGGACAUAUCUCAAUUUCUCUCAUUUCAGGCUACUCCAGCGCUCCUCCAACCUGCUUCAUCUUCUGUGGGAACUUUUCUUCUGCGCCAUAUGGGAAGAAUAAAAUUAAGUCUCUAAAAGGUAUAGGACAUAGUUUAAGUGGUAGAAAAAUAUUUUAUUUAGAAUUCUAACAUAAAGCAUCAGGAACACUAGUGGAGUGACUUGCCAAAUUGGCAGUUGUGGGAAUAGACUGAAAGGAACAACCUUCUACCUAUUAUAGUUUCAAAUUUGCAAUACUGUUGUUACUUCUCCACAAUUACCAAUUUACCCUAAAUGUUAUUUCUAUAAAUAUUACACAAAAAUGUGCACUAUAUACAACAUAAACAAUGUUAUCAGUCUCUCUCUCAUGGCUUAUCCGUGCUCUGUGAGAGUGACCAUCAAGUCCCCUUUGGUUGGAAGCAACACUUACCUGAUUGAAGUCUGUGACCUGUUUGAUCAAAGCAGAGGUUCUUUUUGAGAUGCCUGACAGUUACACAUGAUUUUAUGAAUUAUGAAGAGGGUUUGAAGAACCACUCAACACACACGCGGGGUGGGCAUGCCUCCAUGGGCUGUUUGAUGCCAGCAUGCUAUGCUUGCUGGCAUCAGAUGCCAAUUCUGCACAAAAUUGACAUUAGUCGGACCGAAUUGUUCUGGCCAGGCAAACGCUGCAAAAUGUGGAGUCACGCAUCAAGCAGGGAAGGAGUUAGUCUCAGUAUUUGCAGUGCUUCAAAGAGAAACACUAAUACACACUCAAGGCACCAUAACCACUUCAAAUCACCACGUGGUCAUGAUGCUUGGAGUAAUCCUUCAACUUGUGUGUUGUCUUAUGUUGAAUGGGUCCAUGAACUACACGUUUUGCUUUAAAGUGGAUCCCAUCCAAAUGACUUAUAACCUGAGUCAUCACUGAUUUACUGUAGCUGAGCGUUAGGUGGAUAAGAAGGGGUAACCACACAGUUCCUCACCGGUUGACAACAGUUCUUAACGUAACUUGCACUUUGUGGGAGAGACAAUGAUUAUGUUAAAAUAUAUAUAUAUAUAUAUAUAUAUAUAUUAUUUUAACAUAUGGUAUCUCUUUUUCUUGGGGGUGUAGCACUCAUAAUUUCUUCUGUGAUUUGUAUUCCAGAUUCCUUUAAGAAUUUAGCAGACGUUAUAAGUGAAUACCCUGACAUACACAAAAGGUAUAAUCCGCUUUAUCUUUUGACUAUGAUUAUACAUUUGUUUCCUUGUAAGUGUGUGUGUAUGUGUAUUGAAGCACACAGGCUGAUAGCUUCCAUGCCACGCCGCAUUGAGGCAGUAAUUGCUGCAAAAGGGGCCCAAACCAAGUAGUCCAUAUGCAUGCUUAUACUUUUCGGAGGUCUGAUAUUGUUCUAUGUACACUCCUUGUUUUAUUAAUUGCAUGUAAUAUUCUAAUUUACUGAGAUUGUGUAUUUGGGGUUUUCAUGAGCUGUAAGCCAUAAUCAUCACACUUAUGACAAAUCACGGCUUGCACUAUCUUGCUUUGCAUGUAAUGCGUCUAUCUCAUAUAUUAGUUUCCCCUUUUACGUUGCAUUACUGAAAUAAAUGAACUUUUGCACGAUAUUCUAAUUUUUCGAGGUACACAAUGCUGUGCUUCACAGAAAUAAAACAAAAAGAAAAUAAAUCCUACUCCAACUUGGAGACUUACUAAACAGUUUUCCUAACUAUCUAACUGGCCAACUAAUCCAGUUCCAUGUUUUAAACCGUAUACACAGAGCACUUUAAACACACUUAAAACACACAUUUUUUGCAUAGUACCUUUUCCUUUAGAGUCUGAGUCUCAGGCUUAACCCCUUAAGGACCAAACUUCUGGAAUAAAAGGGAAUCAUGACAUGUCACACAUACUUACCGGGUUAAAGGGACUCUCCAGUGCCAGGAAAAUAUAUCCGUCCCACUCCCACCCCCCAUCCCACGUUGCUGAAAGGGUUAAAAUCCCUUCAGUGACUUACCUGAAUCCAGCGCUGAUGUCCCGCGACGCUAGAUCAGGCUCCGCCCACGCUCCUCCCCCGCCGAUGUCAGCCGAUUAUUCAAUGCUUUCCUAUGGAGAUUCCGGUGACGCUGGAGGUCCUCAUGCAUAGCGUGAGGACGUCCAGUGCCCUUUAAAACACUUUUUGUGUUUUAAAGAAAACGGAAGUCCCUCUAAUGGCUGUCUGAUAGACAGCCACUAGAGGAGGACUUAACCAUGCAAGGUAAUUAUUGCAGUUUAUAAAAACUGCAAUAAUUCCACUUGCAGGGUUAAGGGUAAUGGGAGUUUGCACCCAGACCACUCCAAAGGGCUUAAGUGGUCUUGGUGCCUGGAGUGUCUCUUUAACUGCCUCCUCUCUCCCAGCUGUUAGCCGGUCUGGUUCCUUCAGAGGCUGACCUUUUAAACCACUCAAGUACAGGUUAAUUACAUUCACCUGAAAGGGCUGAUUUCCACCUAUUAACCCUAUCAUGCUGGGAACAGAGCACGCUCCAACCUGUUACUAACAUAAAAAGCCUCUCUGACCCUGCCACAAUAUAUAUAAUAUUUAAUAAAUAAAAUAGUGGUGUGUGUGUGUGUUGAAAUAAUGUAAUUUUGCACCAAAUGAGGUUUGCAUAUUGAGCUCAAUGAACCAGCAGGAGUAUAGGCGUAUUAUCAGUUGCUAUUGUGCUAUUGACAUGUUUUUCAGCAAGUAAUGAUUAUUUUCUUUCCGUUAAACAGUAGCAGAUUUGUGUUUGUACCCGGUCCUGAAGACCCUGGUCCUGGCUUCAUCUUGCCAAGGUACAAGUGUACUUUAAAACUGUGAUAUUGAUAACCAGUUAAUGUUGUAACAGCUUGUACAAAAAGACGACUUGCUAUAUUUAAGAACACACAUUUUCAUUUCAAUUAUCAGAGUUUUUGGGGAAAGCCAUUUACAACUUUCUUUUUAGAAAGACGAACACUUGACUGCGAGACCGAUUACUACUUUAACUUGUAUUGUAUUAUUCCCAGUGUACAAGAUAAAAACCUUUUCUAUUAGUUAUCUAUAAAUGGAUGAAAAUCUAUAUCCCGUGUGAUAAUUGUAAAGUAGCAUAUUGUCUGAUCCUUCAAGUCGCUAACUUAUAAUUCAUGGCCGUGGAUAAUCAUAUUCGCCUGAUAGGUGUUUCUGAUUAUUGGUUAUCCUAUACCCCCUGAUGGUCUUUUUUUUGGACAAAAUCCUAGUAUUUAUUUGGGGUCUUUUACCUCUCCAGAUAUAAUUAGUAAAGCUGGAUUGUAUGAUAUCUAACCAUUGAUUUGAAAUUGCCAGUGGGAUCAUUUCAAAUAAGUAUGCCCACUUGGGGAGGAAAUAUGCUUUGAUAGUAUUAAGUCUCCACCACCAAGAGAUUUCCUAAUAUCUCCAUUCCCUUAUUAGCACGUUGGUAUGUUUAAUGAGUCUUAAAACAUUUACUUCUAUUAUCACUUUUGGAUUUGCGGUAAUAUUUAUAACCAAAUAUAGUAUGGCUUUUGAUGUCCAUGUAAAAUCAAGAUAAUUUUUUUGUUUUUUAAGGUUAUCGGCUUCAGUAUUUUUAAUUAGAACCGAUGUUUUAUUAAUAUUUAAUUUAGAAUUCGAUUCAAUACUAUAUCUUUUUAAUUCUUGCAUUAAAUGUGUUAGAGAGAGAGAUGUGGAUCUGUUACUGAAAUAAGAAUGUCAUCGGCAUAUAGACAUAUCUUUAAUUCCCUGUCUUUUAAUAUCACCCCUUUGAUCUGAGGGUUGCUUCUUAUAUUGAUAGCAAGGGGUUCUUUAGAUAGUGUAUAUAUAAUGAAGGGGAUAAAAGCCACACCUGCCUCGUUCCUUUUGAUAUAUUGAACCAAUCUGUACAAAAUUCCUGUCUCACCAAUCUAGCUGAAGGGGAUGAAUAUAACGUACCAAUUGCAUUAGCUAUCCAGCCUAUUAGACCAAAUCAGGCCAAAACCUCAAAAAUCCCUAUUCGACCCUGUCGAAGGCCUUCUCUGCAUCCGACAGGGUCAGAAGGGGAACUCCUUCCUGCUGGGCCAAGUCCAAUAUGUCUACCACCCGCCUUGUAUUAUUACAUGACUGUCUUCCAGUUAGAAAACCUAUCUGGUCCAGGUGAAUGACCAAAGACAGAAUCUUUUUAAGUCUUUCUGAUAAGAUCAAAGCAUAUAUUUUCAUAUCUAUAUUAACUAAAGAUAUUGGACAGUAGUUUGAUGCAUCAGUGUGUAAUUUAUCCUGUUUAAAAUAGGGAUUAUAUUCGCUCUUAAUAACUCUUUAGAGGCCGGCCCUUUUGCUGCUAAUUCAUUAAAAGUUGCUGUCAAAGGUAGAAUAACCGUUUUCUGAAACACUUUAUAAAACCUAUUCGUAUAUCUGUCUGGGCCCAGAGCUUUACUAUAUUUGCAGAUUGCGUGCUGGACCUCUGUCUGGUCAAUCUGCGGAUUCAAGAUCUUUAGCUGUUCCGGUGAUAUUGUCAGGAUAUUAGAAUUGUUUAGAUAAUUCUCUAUUUGUAGAGAUUUUAAAUUAUCCUCCAAAUUAUAGAGACUUUCAUAAAAAUUUUAAACACAGUAUCAAUUUCUUCUGGUUUUAAAUAUGUCCUACCAUCUUUUAUUAUUUUAUGAAUGUUAUUGUCUAUUUUUGUUUUCUUUUAACUAUUAGUUAACAUCUUAUCUACUCUAUUAUUCCUAUGGUAGAAUUUGUUUUUUAGUCUACUUAAAUUGGAUUCUAUUCUUUCAGAUAUUUGUAUAUUUAUCUUUUCUCAAUAUAUUUUAUUUCAAUUUUUUUUCUAUCUAUUGUAAAUCUGACAUAUUUAGUCCGCAGUACUUUCUUUUUUGACUUGCUAUUUUAAUCCCAAAACCCCUUAUUUACUGUUUUAAAUGUGCUCCAAAGACAUUCAAAAGAAAUCUCUUCUUUAGACAUUUUAUUAACCCCUUAAGGACGGACCCAAAUGUACACUUUGUGAACAAAACAAAAUGUAAACAAAACCUGGCAUUUGCGCUACAUGUCUGUCCAACCGUAAUUCAACUCUUUCAUAGUAAAUGCACUCACACUUAUUAUAUAUCAUUUUGUUCAGGAGAAACAGGGCUUUAAUUUCAUAUCAAAUAUUUAUAUAUGAAACAUAAUUUAUUAUGAAUAAAAUUUAAAAAACUGUGAGAAAUUUAAAAUUUUUAAAAAAAAAUUGUAGUUCCGCCUCACAUUUUAGCUGUAAAUGUCAUAAUACUGUUAGGUUUUACUGCAAAUAAUGCACAUAUUUGUAAUCAGCGAUGUCUCACGAGUACAACAGUACCCCCCAUUACCAGGUUUUAUGGUGUUUUGGAAAGUCACAGGGUCAAAUAUAGAACGUUCCAUUUUCACAUUGAAAUUUGCCAGAUUAGUAAUAUUACCUUUGAGACGUUAGCGUUCAUAUUUUAUUUUCGUGAAAAAAGCAAAAAACUAAUAUUUGGGCAGUGUUUGUUACUAAGUGGCUACUAAAAAAGACUAAACAUACCCCACGUUCAAUACCUUGGGUUGUCUUCUUUUUCAAAUGGUCUGCCAUUAUGGGGGUAAUUCUUAUUCCUGGGCUACUAUACGGUCUCAAAGGCAACAUAACCAAUCUGGCAAAUUUCAAUGCCAACAAAAUGAAAUGCAAGCCUUAUAUGUGACUCUCUAACUUUCCAAAACACCAUAAAACCUGUACAUGGGGGGUACUUUUAUUCUCGGGAGACUUCACUAAACACAAAUAUUAGUGUUUUAAAACGGUAAAACCUAUUACAACAAUAAUAUAGUCCAUAAACAUGACGUUCGUUUGUAAAAAAAUGCAUAAAACAUCACUUUUACUUAAAAUAUCAUCGUUGUAAAACAAUUUACCAGUUUGAAACACUAAUAUUUGAGUUCAGCAAAGUCUCCCGAGUAAAACAGUACCCCCUAUGUACAGGUUUUAUGGAGUCUUGGAGAGUUACAGGGUCAAAUAUAGUGCUUGCGAAUUAAAUUUUCUGCACUUUCUCCCUGUGUUGUCAGGCAUGUCAAUCAAAUUUUAAUUAAUCAAAUCACAUAAUUACGUUAAAAGAUUACUUAAAUAUACACGUAGAAUUUUAAUAUAUAUGCAUUUAUAGGUAUUUAAAUUCUACGUGUAUACUAAUGUAAUCUUUUAUGUAAUUAUAUGUAUUUAUCUAUAUAUAUUUAUUUGCGGUUAUUUGUAUUUUAUUUAUAUAUAUGUAUAUGUGUAUAUAUAUAUAUAUAUGUAUAUGUGUAUAUAUAUAUAUAUAUAUAUGUGUAUGUAUAUAUAUAUAUAUAUAUUUUCCCAGGUCCCAGCACUCAAUGUUCCCGGUCUUUUCCAUGCUCCGGUGCAAGUAAUCUCUGACCAAAAUAUAGCAUCCAAGUAGAGAGCACUCUGGAGUCUUCGUUUUAUAUCAAAAUAAAUACUGCUUUAUUGUGCAGAAUACAAAAAUGUCGACGUUUCAGUCACAAUAGACUUUUCUCAGGUCUUGAGAAAAGUCUAUUGUGACUGAAACGUCGACAUUUUUGUAUUCUGCACAAUAAAGCAGUAUUUAUUUUGAUAUAAAACGAAGACUCCAGAGUGCUCUCUACUUGGAUGCUAUAUAUAUAUAUAUAUAUAUAUAUAUAUAUAUAUAUAUAUAUAUAUAUAUAUAUAUAUAUAUAUAUAUAUUCAUUCUAAGUGUAUUUUGUUACCAAUAUAUAUAUAUUAAUAACAAAAUACAGUUAGAAUGAAAUUACAUAUGAAUAUAUAAUUUAUAUUAAAUUUUGUUUCAAUAUUUUAUUAUUUAAUUUAUUAUUGUAAUUUUACGUGUGUGUGUGUGUGUAUAUAUAUAUAUAUAUAUUUAUUUAUUUAUGUAACGUCAUUCUAAGUGUAUUUUAAUAUUAAUAUAUACUUAUAUUAAUAUUAAAAUACAUUACGUAUGACGUUAUAUGUAUAUAAUAUGUAUAUAUAUUAUAUAUAUAAUAGAUACAUACACAUAUAUUUUAUAGGCCUCCUCCGGGGCCUCAUUCACCGGAGGAGGGCUGCCUGGGCGGUCUGGCAGCCCUCCAGAAGAGGAUCGCGGCGGAGGUAAGUACCACUGGGGCUCAAAGCCGUUACGGCGUUCUAUGCCGCCGCAACGGCAUUAAAGCCGCGACGGCAUAGAACGCCGUAAUGGCGGGAAGGGGUUAAUAUAGUCUGUUUUCUUUAGUUUUUAAUAAAGUAUCAUCCACGGCGAAGGGGUUCUCUGGUACUUAUCCUUUUAUCCACUAUCACCAUAUCAUAGUCCGACCACGUAUUAUCUCUUAUAAUAAUUGAUUUUAUAUUCUUUAAUAGCUGGGUAUCCCCAAACUCAGAUCAAUUCUAGCGGCAGAACUAUGUGGUACUGAUCUGUGUGUAUAGUUUCGAUUUGCUGGGUGGAACAAUCUCCAACAUUCAAAUAAAUGAAACUUUUUUUAUAUAAGUCUACUCAUUACAGCUGCCUGUUUAAUGUUUAUCCACAGAUUGGCUUGAUCCAAUAUAUUUAUCCAUACCAGGGUCCAGCACGCAAUGAAAAUCACGGGCCAUCAAUAGUAUACCUUUACGUAUCUUCUCUACCCUUUCCAAAAUUCUAGCCAACGUUCUAAUAGGAGUUUUAUUAGAUAGAUAAAUAUUAACCUGCAUGUGAUCCUGCAAAUUUAAUUGGCCCCCUAAGAUAACAUACGUCCCUUGUUUAUCCAGUUUUUUUAUACUGGCAGGAAAAUUUUACAUUUUUCAAAAAAAUUAUUGCUGCCCUACAUUUCUUUUUAUUGUCUAAUGAAGCACAGUAUGUUAAAGGGAAUCUACUAUACUUCCACAUAUAUUUCAUCUCCUUAAUCCAAUGGGUUUCCUGUAUGAAACCUAUGUGUGACCUAUCUCUAACUAGUGUAUCGUACAGGAAUCCCCUUUUGUGUGGCGUAUUUAGGCCUUGAUAAUUUUUUGAAAUCACCUUAACCAUGCAUCCACCUUCCCAUUGUUCUGAUCCGCAGCCGCAGUGAACU